AUGGUAUCGCAGAAGUCAUGUGAUCUCUCAGAGGUGCGGGGUAAAGGUGGAUGUACAGUAGGCUGCCGCUGUCGCUACUGGGAUUAUGAAAAACACGAAAGUCGCGGAGUCAGUCUAAGCAAUAAGACUGUUCUUUGCAACAACAAAAAAAUAACAGCGUGGACUAAUCGUAUAAAAACAAUCAUGUCAAUUAGUCGGAAGAACUGGUCGGCUCUGUCCAGUCUGACGCGGCAGUGGACGAUGGAGGAUGAGGAGGAGGUGGAACGUGAACGCAGGAGGAAGAUCCGGACCUACAGUACGGAGCCGGGCGACAGCUCCCCUGAGGAUCUGCCCCCUGCAUUUACCAGCUCAGAGGACGCGGUGGAGGGGGGAGACCCAGACGCCCCGGUGGACUUUGUGGAGAUGCUGCGGGUGCGGGACGAGAGGAGGAGGAGGAGGCACAUGGAGGUGCUGAGGCAACAGCACGAUGAGGAAGAGGGGAAGGAGGCGGGGCAGGAGGCAGAGGUGGGCGGCGACAGACCGGGGCGGAGCUCGGAACCCGAGGUCGCCCCGCCCAGCGCCGCUGACGUCAUCGAGGCAGGAAGCCCGGGUGAAAAUGACAUCUCUGAGCCCAGCCACAGCAGAAACGUGGAGACUCCUACAAGAACGUCACGGCUGUUUGUGAGCUCGCUGUCCAUCUCCAUGGACAAGACCCCCACCUCCCCCACAGAGAGCGGCAGGGGGGUCUCUCCCCUCAGUCCCACCUCCUCUACAGGGAGUGGCAGGAUGGUUUCUCCAAUGAGCCCCACCUUCUUUACCGGGACGGGCCGGGUGGUCUCUCCCCUGAGCUCCAGCUCCUCCGCAUCGGCCGGCAAGGUGGUCUCUCCCCUCAGCCCCACUUCCUCCAGAUCACCCAGCAGGGUGCUCUCUCCCCUCAGCCCCACUUCCUCCAGAUCACCCAGCAGGGUGGUUUCUCCCCUCAGCCCCACGGGCACCUUCCGCACAGUGUCUCCAGUGGAGCGUGUCCGUAGCCCCGCCCCCGGGACCACUUGCUCACUCGCGCUGAAUGGAGAGACACAGGAAUCUCGGGAUGAGUCGUCGGCAGCGGAAGGGGUCACUGGCACUCCGCACCCGGAGGAAACUCCAUUCCACAGGAACAGCCCCAAAGCCGUGUCAUUCAGGAUGGCAAGAAAGAAGGAGGAGCCAAGCAUGCCUUUGCAGAGGAGCGCCAGCGUCCGUAUCUCAUCCAAGACCACUCAAGCCAGCAAGGCCCCCAGUCCGGAAGAAGAUAAACAAUCACCAUUUCAAAGGAACUCCAGACAGAGGGUGUCUUCACGCACCAUCCAGGAGAAGAUGGACAGACUGGCCCUGGCAGUGCAGAAAUCGGAGAACGUGAAAUCGCCCUCCGUCUCCCAGAAGGGUCUGUACGUGCUGGUGGACGAGGUGUCCAGGAAGAGGGGUCUGUUUGAGAGAGACCCGGCCACUGGAGACGGGACCUUCAGACAGGACUUCCGGACGUUCUCGGCAGGCAUCUCGGACCGCAUCAACCGCUGGGUCACCAGGGCGCAGGGGUCUGGCUCCCACUUCACACCGGCGGACUUGAGAAAUGUGGACAUCGCCAGCAAGAGGAACAUCUGGGAAAACCGUGCCGAAGAGGGACCUCCCAAAACAUCACCCAACAAGUAGAAGCCCCUUCCGAAUGACUUUCGUACCCUUAAGGAACAUCACCAAAAACACAUGGGGAGGAGAGCUCUACUGAAGGCGACAUCAUUUUAUUUGCACUACCGAUGAUUUCCAGCUUUUUGGUGGAGUUCAAGGUUUUGAGGUUAAUAUUGGUCACUUGAACUCUGAAUUAGACUUGAAAUGCUGAAAUAUCGUAAUUGAGGGGUUAAUUUUCAUGCUGCCAAUUGAUAAUGCUCAGACAAUUUGUACAUUACCGUUCCGUACAUUAGGUUAUUGCUUCCCACAAGACUGCUUACCUAUAUAAAACAAAAUAAAACCAACUUUUCUACU